AUGCCCGAACCUAGCUCAACAGACGACGACCUCCUUGCCCGCCUCAACGCGCUCAAGACAUCCUCCGUCAGCCUGGAUACCAACUACAGCGCUUCGAUAGCACCUAGGAGUCCUCCCAAACCCACCGAUGACCUCGCCGCUCGCUUCGCACGUCUUGGUAGCGCGUCUCCCUCAGGCUCGCCACAGCCGUCGCGUACAACGUCCACGAACAAUGCCGGCGCACCCGUCGCAGCACCAGGGGCACCGAGCUACCUGGAAGGGAUAGCCCAAGGCGUAGGAGGCUCGAAUGUAGAGUUUAACGAGGAAGAUGAAAAGAGCCUAGAAGAGUUACUGGGUGAGCUAAACGGCGCCGUCGGCGACCGGAAGGAUUGGGAUGUAUCCAAGGAGGAACAACAAGAUGUUGGAAAGCUGUUGAAAGACAUGCGCAAGAUACUCCCGGAAGUGGUGAAUACUAGGGCACAAGGGCCGCAGAGAGGGCGUACAAAAUCUGAGCAGCCAUCGAAGGAGGAGUUGACGGACUGGGAGAGCAUUGAAAUCAAUGUUGGAAGUGGGGAGGUCGGUGGAGCCAGGGAAGACACAGAAAGUGGAGAUGAGGAAGAUGAAGAUGGCAAGAAGAGAACCGAGGACGACGAGGCAGAUGAUGUGAUUGCGAGAGUUAUAGCAGAACUGGAAAUUAGCAAGAAAUACGAUCCCCCCUCUCCCCCCUCUCCCCCGUCAGAAGACGACAAGUCAGAAUCAGGAGACCAGAAGAACGCAUCAACGGCAGAUACCACAGACGGCGGCUUCACACUGCCUUCCGCACCGAAUACCCUCCCUGAAGACGACUUUGCGAGCAGUCAAGCCAUCGAAGAUGCAUUCACCGCACGCCUGGCCGCUCUAGCAGCACCUUCACCAUCACAUACAGAUUCUCUCGGCCUGCCUUCCGCCCCUUCGUUCGCACCCAGAAAUAAGCCGCCGGUAUCUACGAAUCUACAAAAGCAGGUCGAUGGGGAGAUUGACACAUGGUGUAUCAUUUGUCAAGACGAUGCGACACUGAAAUGCCUGGGCUGUGACGGUGAUUUAUAUUGCCAGAAUUGUUGGAUGGAAGGGCACCGAGGGGAGUCUGCUGGGUUCGAGGAGAAGAGACAUAAAGCCGUCUUGUAUAAAAAGAAGAAAAAACAACAGGCCGCAGCUUGA